AUGUACAAGACAGCAUUGGACUCAAUGGAGUGCUAUGCGCUGCAAAACAACUACUCAUUCCUGUUAUUAAGCGGAGGAGACUUUGAAGCAGUCUGUGAACAUAAGGAUAUUACGUUUCAACGCCACUGCAUUGUCUUCCUUGUUCUUAAAUCAUAUAAUUUUACCUGGGUGCACUACGUGGACAGCGACAUAGGAGUUGUGAACGAGAAAAUCGUCAUCAUUGAUAACCAAUGGUGGCCGAUAUCAAAAUGGCCGGGCCGUGUAGCUGGUCUCGAACCGCGACCGCGCCAGUUGACUAACGGCACUUCUAUCCAUUUGACCAAGCCUGAACAAGCGGCGAAGGUGUUCUUUUGUUGA